AUGGCGUCGUUGAGAGAUAAUUUGAAGGUUUACAUUCGAGUUACUCAAAAGAAAUCCGUCUCUGAAAACCCUAAAUCAUCAAAGAAGCAAAAAACAUCUUCAGCAGAAGAGAACAUAGAUGAACAAGAAAAUAUUAGCCGAAAAUCACCAAUGAAACAACAAAGAACUAGAAAACGCAAAGAUAUUUCAGACAAUGUUAAAAAACAAGAGGAAAAACAAAAAAGGAGAAGAAAGAAAGUGGUGAUAGAAUCAUCAGAAGAGACAGUUUCUGAUUCCAAUGAUAAAAAAUCUAGACGAGCUAUCGUUCUGCAUAAUUCCGAACAAGAAGUAAAUUCAGUCAAUAAUCUAAAAGAUUAUAUUGAAAGUUUGUCAAAAGAGCAGAGGAAUGCUGUUAGAGAAAUAGGGUUUGAGAGCAUACUAAAAUUCAAUCUGCAUUCAGUUCCACGCAAAUUCGGAUAUUGGCUGGUAAAAAACUUUGAUGCUGAAAAUAAUGAGAUAAAUACUGGAGUUGAAAAGAUUAAGAUCACAGCUGAAUUUAUCCAAAAGAUACUAUAUGCUUACAAAAAACAAGGAUUUGACGAUGCUGAAAACACUGAAGUGUUCUCUCUUGAUAAAAUUGACUCUACAACAUUACAAGAAUUUGAAGAUGAAUUGGAAAUUGGUGCGCAAAAUGAGGGGAGAUGUCUUGUAAUGGAAAAAAAGAAAAAAGUCAGAAAGACUAAGCAAAAAAAGAAAGAUGAAAAUGAUGAAUUUUAUGUUUAUCCAACUGAAUCAGAUAAUGAAAACGAAGAAAUUUUUGAAAAUGAAUCUGAAGAAAAUGAUGAAGACGAUGCUGAAGAACAACCAAUCACAUUACUUAAAGCUGCAACAGACUGGAUUGAUCAAGAGAAUCAAGAAAAUGUUCAAAACAGCCCAAUUAAAACCAAUGAAACUGAGAAAACACAAAUAGAAAGUGGAGGAUCAUGGGGGCAAUUCUUCAUUAAACCAUCAAUAGGAAAUAAAGAUAAAAUGUGGGUAGACAGUCAAAGCCGUCUGCGUAAUUUCAUGCCAUCACAAAAUCAAAGUGAAGGUCUUUCUGACAUUCAUUCAACAAAAAGUGGCGAUGAAAAUAUGAAGAACAUUGAAGAUAAAAGAUCACAUGAAGAAUAUCUUGUGACUGUUUUGGAUGAUCAUUUAAAAGGAUUUGAAGAUAUUGUCGAAAACAUCCAAUCACGCAUAGAUGAGAUUGUCGAAGAAUAUCCAAACAGUGAAGCUCUUCAUAACAAAGUAAACGAAUGGGUGUCAUUGAUGGAAAAAUUAAACCAUUGA